CGCCCCCAAACAGCAGGUUGAAAGGCUAGCAACUGGGCAGGGACAGAGUGGAAGGCUGCGGUCCCUCGAAGUCGCCCGCAAGCCCCUGCUCUGCACUGCGACCCCUGAAGGCAGUGGACCUACGCAGACGUUGUUCAUCUUCCUCUUUCCUUUGACCCGUUGGCGGCUGCAGCUCCGUUUUCCCUCAGGGUCAAGAGAACGGAGGCGCGUUUGUGGAGCCCCGGAGACCGGCGGCGGAUGCGAUGGAGCAGACGCCACGAAGGAGGUCGCGGGGCCACGCGCGCUCGGCGCCUAGGCCAAAUCCUGCGUUGCGCCCGGGUGUUCCCCGCUCCGCAGCCUCCCCGGAGCCGAGGGACGCGCACCUCUGGCUCUUCCCCAGCCCAGCGGACCUCCGCAGCGCGUUUUUCCGGAGAUCCAAGAAGAUGCGCCAGAUCUGCUGUACGCGGGAGCGCCUGGCGGUGCUGACUUGCGGCGAGGCCGGCGUCGAGAUUCACGAGCUGCGGGCGGGGAGCCACGGCGCCCGGAAGCCCAGUGAGUGGGGCGGUCAGCGCCGCUCGGCCUUCCAGCAUCGGGUUGGGGGUGUGCAGGAGUAUAUUAAAUUAGAAGGAAAAAUGAAGAUACAUUCCAUGGACCAAGGAGCAGAGCACAUGCUGAUUCUAUCCUCAGAUGGAAAACCAUUUGAGUACAACUACAGUAUUCAGCAUGCAAGGUUUCAAUGUGUUUUACAAGCAACAAUUAUAAUUCAAAUCGCAUGUGGAGAUUAUCAUUCUCUUGCACUCUCCAAAGGUGGUGAGCUUUUUGCCUGGGGGCAGAACUUACACGGCCAACUCGGUGUUGGAAGAAUAGUUGACUCAACCCCUACACCACAGAUUGUGGCACAUCUCUCAGGAGUCCCCUUGGCUCAGAUAUCUGCAGGAGAAGCACACAGCAUGGCCUUAUCCAUGUCCGGAAAUAUUUACUCCUGGGGAAAAAACGAUUUUGGGCAACUAGGCCUGGGCCACACCAACAAUAAAGAUUGUCCUUCUCUUAUUGAAGAACUAGAUAAUCAGGAUGUUGAAUUUCUCACUUGUGGUGGCUCUCACACUGCUCUGCUCACAAAGGAUGGGCUGGUGUUUACUUUUGGUGCUGGAAAAUAUGGGCAACUUGGCCACAAUUCAGCACAGAAUGAGCCAAGGCCCCGUUUGGUGACUGAGCUCAUUGGGAAUAGAGUGACCCAGAUAGCAUGUGGAAGGUAUCACACACUUGCCUAUGUUUCUGAUUUGGGAAAGGUCUUUUCUUUUGGUUCUGGAAAAGAAGGACAACUGGGAAAUGGUGGAACACAUAAUCAGCUGAUACCUCUUCCUAUGAAAUUGCCAUCAAAAGAAGAACUCAAAUUUGAAAACCACACCUCAGAAAAGAAGUUAAUAAUGAUUGCUGGAGGGAAUCAAAGCAUUUUGCUCUGGAUGGAAAAAGAGAAUUCCUAUGUUAAUCUGAGGAGGAAAAUUCCUACAUUGAAUGAAGGGACCAUAAAGAGAUGGCUUGCUGAUGUGGGGACUAAACAGUGGCAGAGCACAAAAAGGGAAAUCAGAGAAAUAUUUUCAUCUCCUGCUUGUCUGACUGGAAGUUUUUUAAAGAAAAGAAUAGCUGCGGAAACAAUGUCUAUUCCUUUGGACUUAAAUAAAGCAAGAAACACCUUCCAGGAGUUAACCCAGAAGCACUGGAUUGCUAACAUGAUAACCACAUGUCUCCGGGACAACCUGCUCAAAAAUCUCCCACUGCGUUCUCCGCACCAAGAAGCUUUAGAAGUUUUCCUCCUGCUCCCAGAAUGUCCUGUGAUGCAGGAUUCUAACAACUGGGAGAGCCUGGUGGUUCCAUUUGCAGAGAUUGUUUGUAAAAUCAGCGACCAGUCUUCAGGGGUUCUGGAAAAGUAUUGGGCAUCUUUGGAAGAAUCCACUUUUAGUAAACUGGUCCAGAUGCUUAAAACAGCCAUCAUCUCUCAAAUGAAUCAUCGGACUGGAAGUGCUGAGAAUCACUAUCAUAUGAAACCUCUCCUAGAAAUGUUGAAAAAGCUGCACAGGGUAAACCAGGCUACAUGCCAGCUACCUGAAAAUACUUUCAUCAUAAAUGAACUCUCGAAUUGGAUUGAUUUUUCUGCUGAGGUAUACAGAAGAUUCUUUUGGAAAAUGAACUUGGAAACUUCAGUAGACAUCACAUGUUCUGUCAUAAUCAGUCACUUUCCAUUUGUCUUUAAUAGUCUGUCAAAAAUUAAACUAUUUCGUGCUGACUCAGAGUUUAAAAUGAAGGUGAAAGAACAGAGAGCUUUUAUGAGGUUGCCAGAAACUGUAGCACUUGGAGGGUCUUCACAGCCCACCUUCAAUCUAACCGUCAGAAGGAAUCACUUGGUUGAGGAUGUUUUUAAUCAGCUAAAUCAGUCUGAGAAUAAAGACUUCGAGAAGCAGUUAUGGGUUUCAUUUAGUGGAGAAGUUAACUACGGCUUCGGAGGAGUCAGAUCAGAGUUCUUCCACUGUAUAUUUGAAGAGAUGACCCGGCCAGAAUAUGGGAUGUUCAUGUAUCCUGGAGAGGCUCCCUAUAUGUGGUUUCCUGUCAGGCCUAAAUUUGAGGAGAAGAGAUAUUUCUUCUUUGGGAUACUAUGUGGGCUUUCCCUAUACAAUUUCAAUGUUGCCGACAUUCCUUUUCCUCUGGCACUGUUUAAGAAACUUCUGGACCAAACACCAUCAUUGGAAGACUUGAAAGAACUCAGUCCUGUUUUGGGAAAGUGUUUGCAAAUACUUCUAGAUGAUGAAGGUGAUGACUUUGAAGAAGUAUUUUCUAUUUGUUUUAAUGUCCACUGGGACAAAAAUGAUGCAGAAUUAAUUCCUAAUGGAAGUUACAUAAUGGUCGACCAGACUAACAAGAGAGAAUAUGUUUCAAAGUAUGUCGAUUACAUCUUUAACGUCUCUGUAAAGGCAGUUUAUGAAGAAUUUCAGAGAGGAUUUUACAGAGUGUGUGACAAGGAGAUUAUUGAAAUUUUCCAUCCUAAAGAACUAAAGGAUGUGAUUAUUGGAAAUACAGACUAUGACUGGGAAACAUUUGAAAAGAAUGCAUGUUAUGAAGACGACUAUAGUGAUUCACAUCCCACCAUAGUGAUGUUUUGGAAGGCUUUACACAAAUUGACUUUGGAAGAAAAGAAAAAUUUCCUUCUGUUUCUUACAGGAACUGACAGACUACAAAUGAAAGGUUUAAAGAAUAUGAAGAUAACAUUUUGCUGCCCUGAAAAUUUGAACGAAAAAGAUCCCAUAAGAGCACAGACAUGUUUCAGUAUCCUCUACCUCCCUAAAUAUUCAACAAUGGAAAGAGUGGAAGAAGCACUUCAUGUAGCCAUCACCAGCAACAGAGGAUUUGGCUGAUCCUUUAUCACAUUUGUAACUUCUUUCUGUAAAUAUUUUAAAAAUGAAAUUAAGAACUCAAAAAUUAACAUACAAGUCUUGCUCACUGUCAUGGAUUGAAUUGUGUCCCCCAAAAAAAUCUGUGUAUCAGUUUGGCUAGGUCAUG